UCGACACAACUUUGCAUCCAACACCAAGCAUUUCUCCCUGCAGUGAUUCUUUUCCUUUACCUUCUUUCUUCACUGCAUCACCCGAAUUGGUCUCCACUUCUAAGUUCCAUGCUGAGAGUUUGAGGUGUUGAAGCGAACAUCGUUGAUCCAUCAAAUCGUACCUAUCAACUGACACUUCCUUCAUCCCGUCCCGUCUUUAAUCAGAUUGUCUUCUGAGUUUUGACCUUGCAUGCUUGGGAUUCAAAUCGAACGCCUCUUGAUUCUGUACACCAGCACAUCUUCUUCCUAUAACGAAUGUUUGGUUCCUAACGCUGGUGUCAUUCCCCUUCAUCGAGUUACAUUUCGGCCUAAUAAGUGACUUCCGGGAUAUCUGAUCAUAUAUCACCAAAUACAGCUCUGAUAUCGAUCACUUCAGUUUUUUCUCUCUUUCGCGUAUUCGGUUAGAACUUUACCGCAACAGUUUUCCUGUCAUUUAUUUACCUACAACAACCACCGGGGGUCAAAAGCUUCUUACAAUUAAGAAUAUUUACCGCGACUGGGUAAACAAAGCCUAGAUUUUUCUUAGCUCGAUUCUCUACUACGCCUUCCCUGAUUCGGAACAUUCUCCACUCACGCUCGUGUCACUCAUCAAUUACAAUAACGUUUGAUAUUUAAUCAGAUCAUCUUAUCAAUCAUUAGCUUUUAUUAGCUACCUAGCCCUUGCAAAUUUGCUCCCCUCUUCAACAGGCCUUUCGGGUAUCCACUUUCUUACUUCACUCCAUCCAUCAGUCAACAGCUACCUACCCUUACUACCUUGGGUACCUAGUUAUCAAUCUCUGUUUUGGGUUGAUAUUGGGAGCUCUCUAGUAUUCACUUACAAAAUAAUCUCAAGUCUUGAGAAAAUUAUCUCGACCAAAGUUUGAUCUUCAUCUUACCAACAGUUUUACUCAUUACUUGAUUUGAACAUGGCAAUUUCUCUAUCUUUCUUCCCCAUCUUAUCAGCGCUGCUUCUUGUAUUUUCACUCCUCACAGAAGCAGCGACGGUUACUUAUGACUUCAACAUCACUUGGGUACGAGCAAAUCCCGAUGGCGCUCAUGAACGUCCAACCAUUGGCAUCAAUGGACAAUGGCCAUUGCCUAUUAUGAGGGCAAAUGUUGGGGAUCAAGUAAUUGUUAACGUUGACAAUCAACUUGGCAAUCAAACUACAACACUUCAUUUUCACGGUCUUUUCAUGAAUGGCAGUACUCACAUGGAUGGACCUGCACAAGUAUCUCAAUGUGGAAUUCCCUCUGGUUCACAGUUUGUUUACAAUUUUACUGUCAACCAGCCAGGUACUUACUGGUAUCAUUCCCACGACAGAGGGCAAUAUCCAGAUGGACUUAGAGCACCAUUCAUUGUCACGGAUCCAGAUUUUCCAUAUGCGGAUGACGUUGACGAGGAAUUUGUCCUCUCAGUCUCAGACUGGUACCACGAAGAGAUGCAAGUCUGGAUUCCUAAGUUUAUCGGAGUUGCAAAUCCAACCGGAGCGGAGCCUGUUCCUCAAGCCGUUCUUCUUAAUGAUACUCAGAAUCUUACUCUAUCGGUACAGCCCGGGAAGACCUACCUGUUUCGCAUGGUCAACAUUGGUGCUUUUGCUGGCCAGUACAUUUGGUUCGAAGGCCACAAUAUAACCAUUGUUGAAGUUGAUGGCGUCUAUACUGAGAAAGCAGAGGCAGAAUCUAUAUAUAUCGCUGCAGCUCAGAGAUACAGCUUUUUACUCACCACCAAGAAUGACACUUCGGCGAACUUUGCUUUUGUCACAAGCAUGGAUACGUCCCUCUUUGACGUAAUUCCUGAUGAUUUGAAUUGGAACGGCACGGGAUGGCUGGUCUAUGAUGAUAAUAAAGCUCUUCCGGAUGCCGCAUUUAUUGACGAAUACAACGAUUUCGAUGAUUUUAAUCUAGUACCUUACGAUCACAUGGCGCUACUCCCAGAACCUGAUCAGGUUAUCAGUCUCGAUGUAGUCAUGGACGUGCUUGGAAAUGGCAAACCAUACGCAUUCUUCAACAAUAUUACAUAUGUUUCCCCCAAGGUUCCCACCCUAUAUUCGGUUAUGUCCACUGGAGAUGAUGCUGCAAAUGCUGCUGUCUAUGGAGAGUUCACUCACUCCUUUGUUCUUAAUUACCAACAAACAAUAGAAAUAGUCGUAAACAACCUUGACUCCGGCAAACAUCCUUUCCAUCUCCACGGUCAUAACUUUCAAGUAAUUCAGAGAUCCGAUGAAGAUGCUGGCACGUUCGAUUCUACCAACACAACGGAGACAUCCUUCCCGGCCGUUCCCAUGCGUCGCGACACAGUCGUUCUUCGUCCAUCCGGCUACCUCGUUCUCCGUUUCCAAUCUGACAACCCGGGAGUGUGGCUCUUCCACUGCCACAUCGAAUGGCACGUCGAUCAGGGUCUCAUCGCAACCAUGAUCGAAGCGCCCCUCGAGCUCCAAAAAUCUCUCACAAUCCCAGAGAAUCAUAUCGCUGCUUGCCAAGCUCGUGGUGUACCAUAUACAGGUAAUGCGGCUGGUAAUACAGAAGAUUACUUGGAUCUGAAAGGUGCUAAUGUAGCGCCCGGACCGUUGCCUGCGGGUUUCACGGCAAAGGGAAUUGUGGCUAUGGUGUUUAGUUGCUUGGCUGCGCUUUUGGGUUUAGCUACUAUUACGUGGUAUGGACUUGCUGAGAUGGGAGAUGCGGAUAAGGAGGCGGAGAAGAAGAGAUUGGCGGGAGAUGCAAGUGAAAGCAGUGAAGGCGUUUUUGUUCCGGAGAGCGUUAUGGUGGAGAAGUAAGGUGAUUUUGUAGAAGUACAUGGUUUGGCUCGCAAUAAUCGGGGGAGAUAUAGUGGGAAGAAUCUGAAAUAAAUAAAGACCCUGAGAUGAUUUUCGAGCUGAAAAUCGAUUCUAUAGAGUUCAUGAGAUGAGGAAAUGUACAUAUGAUAAAUGAUAAUACCCUGCUGAUACCAAUGAUUAGUUUUUCUAUUUAACUAC